AUGAGUCCUAAAUCGCAACCGUCAUCCGCAUCAGAGCACAAGAGCCACGAGGCCGAAUACACGGAAGAAAUUAAGAAGUCAGGACUCGACGUUCUGUCACUUUCACGCGCGAUCAGAGCAAGGAAAGCCGAGUACACACGCCGGAGAUCGAUCCGAGUCAAGGUCGGCACGUGGAAUGUAGCCGGCAUCUCCGACACCGAGAAGGACGUUGGAAGGUGGUUUGUUCAGGGAGAAGGGGUGUGCCCGAAGUUCUCUGGGACAAACUACGCGCACGAGCCAGAAUCCGAUUCGCCCAGCAAGCCCGACGAGCCAAAAUCAGACAGCGAUAAAAAAGUAACUUUUCACUACAGUCCCGAGGAGGUAGACCUGUACGUCUUGGGCUUGCAGGAAGUGGUCGAUAUCUCUUCUCCAACAGAAGCGUUCCGGCCAUAUGUUGACCUCACACCGUCCAAGCGGUGGAAGGAAGCUGUGGAAAAAGCGCUACCCGGGGGAUAUAAGCUAGUAUCUGAAGUCCAGCUGGUCGGCUUGUUGCUUCUGAUAUAUGUGUCGCCCGCCAUUGGAGACAGUGUUGCUUCUGUCAGUAGUACAUCUGUCGGUACGGGACUGAUGGGGUACAUGGGAAACAAAGGCGCUGUGGCAACGCGCAUUGUCCUGGGCGAAACCACCCGUUUGGUCUUUAUCAACUGUCAUCUCGCAGCUGGGUCUGACAAAGGCAGCUUGGAGAGACGCAACUGGGACUCUUCUCAGAUUGUCCAGCGUGCUAGAUUUGACGCGGUUUGGCCCGAGGAUGACGGAUCGGGCGAAUCGGGCGAAGCAAUAGGAGAUGAAGAUUUCACUUUCUGGUUUGGUGACCUUAACUACCGCCUCGAUGAUAUCACUGGCGACGAUGUGCGCCAAGUCCUCUCUCGACAUACCGCCAAUCAGUACGACAAAGAGCGCCAAGAAAAGAUGUCUUCAAGCCCUUCUGGCUCUACGGCCGAUUCUGAUGAUGAUUCGCCUUCCUCUUCUUCUUCUUCUUCUUCUCCGGACGAGGAGACGGAGUCAGUCACUGCAACUGUCACCGAACCUGUCACCGACGAACAGAUUGACCCUCAUAAUGACCCCGCGUCUCUUCAAACUACAAUUGCCUCACUUAUCCCGCACGAUCAACUUAAACUUCAGCAAAGAAAAGGAUCGGCUUUCCACAAGGGUUGGCGGGAAGGUCAUAUCACUUUCUUGCCGACGUAUAAAUACGACGUUGGGAGUGUGGCCAUGUUUGAUACGAGCGAGAAGCAGCGCGCUCCCAGCUGGUGUGAUCGGAUUCUGUUUCGUAGCCAGCGGGAUAAGCUGAGACAUGAGAAGCUCGAUCAGGAAGCGGAGGAGGCCCGAAAGAGGGACGAGGAGAUGAAGGCAAGGGGACUGGACAAGGCUGUUGCCGAUGAUAACGUCUUGUUUGAUUAUGACCCUGAUGAAGACGGUGCGAACAGCGAGGAGUACAUAUCGGACGAGGAUCAAGCCGCUGAUGAUGAUGAUGAUGCAAGCACAAUUGCAUCGCUCGACUCUUGCUAUGAUUUAAUCCGCUUGGACCAUUACGUGUCACACCAAGGCAUUCUGUCGUCUGACCACAAGCCUCUGGAUGCUACCUUUACCUUGAGUUUUGAUGCAGUCAAUCGCGAUCUGAAAUCAAAGGUGCAUCAAGAAGUGGCCCGUGAAUUAGACAAGGCCGAGAAUGAAGCUCGGCCCGAUCUUACUAUUGUGGUGGAUAGACAUAGUGACCAUAAGCGCCCAGAGAAAGAUCCUGACACCGUCGAUUUCGGGGAUAUUGCCUUCGAUGUGCCAGCUCAUCGGUCCCUAACUAUUGCCAACACCAGCGGCACCCCGGCAACUUUUUCAUUUGCGGAGCGGCAUAAAGUUGUCGACGAGACAAUUACACAAACAGCCUCGUGGCUUGUUGUGCGUGUCUGCAAGUCUGCAGACAUCGCCCCAGACACCGGCCCAUCGAUGGCUUCUUCGUCUGAGAGCCACACUCUGCUCCCUGGUGAAGUAGCGAAUAUCGAUGUCACGGCUUACGUUCGCAACAUCGAACACGUCCGAUUGCUUAAUAUUGGAAAGGUGAAUCUAGAAGACAUCCUUGUCCUCCAUGUCGAUGGCGGCCGUGACCACUUUAUCCCUGUUCAGGGCCGUUGGCUACCCACCUGCUUCGGUUGCAGUGUUGACGAGUUGACCCGCAUGCCAGAAGCGGGUGCUCGAAGCUUGGCCGAAUCAAAAACCCCACACCCAUCCAUCACAGAUACUUCCACGGAAAUCCGCCUGUCGGCACCCCGCGAGCUUUUCCGACUGACCGAGGCGAUAUCCGAGCUGACAGAGCGCGCUGUUGCAGAGUGGAGCAUGACAAACGGUGAAUCCGAGGAGCAUAAAGCUCCAUGGGCAACGGAUCUUUCCGGGGGAGCCUGGCCUUUCCAGCCUGAUACAUGGACUCUAAAGGACCCACAGGAGCGUGCUAAGCUGCGAAAUUCCGUGCGUGAAGCUCUUGACACCAACAAAUCCCUCAGCUCAAUAUUUGCCCCUGAGAUAUCCUCUCUUCAUCGGUUGGAGGUCCUAUCUGAAACCCUCCUCACUUUCCUCAACUCGCUCCAAGACGGCAUCGUCACGGCGAAAGUAUGGCAAGACAUGGAGCAGCAGAUAGCUGCGCGGGAGAAAAGCAAAUCCCCUCCUCGAAACUGGGAAGAAAGCCAGUCCUGGGUGCUUGAGCACCUGGCCUACUCACCAGCGCACAGCGUAUCAUUCACGUUUGUCACUUUUAUGCUCGCCCGCAUAGCCAAUGAAGUGGCUCCAGUAUCGGCCGGUACGCCGUUGAUCCCAUUAUCCAAGCAAAAGAACAACGCCACCCCCAAUAAACCGAUAGAUAAGCAGGCCGGGGCUGCAAGCCAGAAUCAAGCCCAGUCUCCUACUCCAGCUUCCGCUACUGCCUUCAUAACCAGCGGCAGUUUCCGCCGCAAGAACCGCACCUCGAGCACAUCCACCAGCACCAGCCCUGACCCCCCACCUCAGAACCAUUCAAUAGCACGCCGUCAAGCAGUCGAGACUGCUCUAGCGUCUGUCUUUGCACUUGUGCUUAUUUCUGCCUCUGCUCCGAUGCCGUCUAAAGAGAAAGAGCGUCGUAUAUCUGAAGAGCGGAGGCGAUCGAUCAUUGAGCCAUUCUUAAAGAUGGUUGGGGUAGAUGAUCGAGGUCCAUCUGGGGGCCGGUAUUGA